AUGGGAAGAGGAGUUACUAUAAGCAAAGUAUCUUUCUUACAAGCCAGAGACAAACAUGUGCUCCAGCUAAAAGAGGAAAAUUCUGAAUUCCGAAAUAGAAUACAACAGUUGGAGACUGUGAUCCAUAAAUUAGUUGGAAAUCAUCAGAGAAUGCAGAAUGAGGAAUAUGAAGAUGAGCAGAAUGGGCCCGAAAUUGAUAAGACCAGUCCUAAGGAUGGGACUGUUAUACGUGGUCAGAAUGAAAUAUCACAUCCUACUGAUGGACAUUUGACAGUGAUAAGCAAGGGAAAUGAGACCAGCUACCUGGAGAGUACCAGCUGCAUGCUGACCCUGAAGGUGAAUCGCUUUCACCCUGACCAUAAAGAAAAGCUAUGGAUCAGAAAGAGCAACCUAACCAUUCAAAUAAAGGUAUUGACUCUCUUUGCUAUCAUUAAAGCCAGUUUUUCAUGCAGAAAUUAA